GCUCUGCCCUUCGGAAUCCGUUUGGUUUCCUGCCGGUUGAAGUAACGAGCUGCAAUCUGUCUGGUUGACGAAAAUAUAGAGCUAGCUAGCUAGCUGUACUCAUAACGGAAAAAAACGUUGUCGAGAUGGGAACCCGGGAUGAUGAGUACGAUUAUUUAUUCAAAGUGGUGUUGAUCGGGGACUCUGGCGUGGGGAAGAGUAAUCUGCUGUCCCGUUUCACACGCAACGAGUUCAACCUGGAGAGCAAGAGCACCAUCGGCGUGGAGUUUGCCACCCGCAGCAUCCAGGUGGACGGCAAGACGAUAAAGGCUCAGAUCUGGGACACGGCGGGACAGGAGCGCUACAGAGCCAUCACUUCAGCGUACUAUCGGGGGGCAGUAGGGGCCCUGCUUGUGUAUGACAUCGCCAAGCACCUGACCUAUGAGAAUGUGGAGCGCUGGCUGAAGGAGCUGCGGGAUCACGCUGACAACAACAUUGUCAUCAUGCUGGUGGGCAACAAGAGUGACCUGCGCCACCUGAGGGCCGUGCCCACUGAUGAAGCACGUGCCUUUGCAGAGAAGAAUAAUCUCUCCUUUAUUGAAACAUCAGCCUUGGACUCGACUAACGUAGAAGAGGCCUUCAAAAACAUCCUCACAGAGAUUUACCGCAUCGUGUCACAGAAGCAGAUUGCCGAUCGGUCAGCACAUGACGAAUCUCCAGGCAACAACGUAGUGGACAUCAGUGUGCCACCCACCACUGACGGGCAAAGAGGCAACAAACUGCAGUGCUGCCAGAACCUGUGACCCUUGUCAUCAGGACCCACCCGUCCCUCUCUUCCCCUCUCUUCUCUUGUCCCCUCACUCCAUUCAUCCCUGCUUUUCUCCUGAGUGUUGUGCUGCUUCUUCUCCCUUUACCUCCCCGUGUUUUCUGUGGAAACCCUCCCUAGUCUCUGAACCUGUAACAUUAUAGCAAACAUUCCUCUACGUUCUUUUUCAGUACCUUCUGUCUUUUCUUACCUUUUUCCGACCUUUAGCAUUUCCUCCUUUACUGUGACAAGAUUUUACUUCGGCGCCGGGAAACUGGGCACUGAUCAUGUGACCCACUCCUGGGAAGGGAUGGUGAGGGAUCAGUCCGUCCUGAGCUGCCGGCCCGCUCGCUCACAUUCUUGCGGCUCCCUGUUCUGGGCAGGGCGUGAAAUGAGCGACAGUGGUAGGGAUCCAAGUAGAAUUAGACUUUGGCUGACUCGUACAAGCGUGUUACAAAAAUUGGUAAAUGAAUUGUCUCGUCUGGAUUACAAAGAUACCAAAGGAAGGCUGCUUUCAUUUGCAGUCAAUUUCAUGAGAACAGUAAGCUGUCAAAACGACACAUGUGGAUGUGACUUUUCUAAAUUAAAGUCCACUGUCUUUUACCAUGAGUAAAAGUUAAUGGUUGUACGCUGUCUUUUACUUUGAGUAAGAGUUCCUGUUUUCUCCACAGUCAACUUCAAGAUGGUUUUGUAGACUCUUGCUGCAACAGAAAACAGUCCUGUGGGUGCAGGUUGUGUCGUACCAAUCAAAUUUCGCCAGUGCUGUGUUUAAAUAAAGCACACAACAUACGUUGAAAAACGCCACAUUUUAAACCAGCGACAAAACACUUGUUGUGUGAACAAGUUGACUUUUAUAGGAGUAAAAAAAAAAUAAAUAAACUGGCUUUACAAAUUGAGAAACGAUGUCCUGGAAACAGGAAACACUUACCUCACUAAGUAGUCAAGUAAAGAAAACAUCUUAAUUGGGCGUGGCAGUGGUGUUUAUUUCUUGAAUGAGACAGUGGUUGUAGUGAAACUUUUAAAAUGCCUUAUGUUUGUCCCCAACUGGUAGAAAUGCCUUUUUGGAGUGUAGUUGCAAGUAAUUUCCUGUCACACAUUCAACAACUCCUGAAACAACAAUCCAGUUAAGUUGUCCAUUUUCCUAACCAUAGCAAACAAUUUGUAUCUUUGGUCGCCCAAAAGAUGUGUGAACACUAUUCUUUGAAAUCCCUGAGCUUCUCACUAGAUAAUACUAAAUUUCACGCCCUGCAAACACUUGUGUGUAGAAGUUCAGGUUACACUGCAAGAUUGUAUCUCCUUGUUCAGCAAAUUAUAAGGUGGUAUAUGGUUGCCCCUUGCUCUUUUGCAUGUUGAUACUCCCUUGUAAAGUAUAUUAGACUCACAAUUAAUAUAGCGAUUUUACUAUUGAAGCAAUACCUAUCAUGUUAAUGUGUAUAACCUGUCUUGAAAGAUAGCUACAGUCCCUUAAUUGGUUUACAAGGUCUGAUGUUUUGGCAUGAUCUUCUGAAGAGACAAGCUUGUGGCCUUGUUGAAACAUUUCGGAAACCACAAGUAUUCUGGUAUUGCCUCACAGACAACAGGAUUUCUAAAUAGACAAUGAGAACGCAUAGAAAUGCAAUGCUUAGAAUGUUGUGCAAUUCAUAGUAAAGCUAUGCUUGUACGCAAAAAUAAACAUGUCUUAAGUAUUCCUUAAUGGGUCACAGGUGAAAAAUAGUAUAGUCAUUGACGUGGUCCGAAAAAUAAGAACAGUACAAUAUAUACAUCAAAUACUAUUUGGCAAUUUAUUUCAGCCUAGUUAAAACAUUUCUGAAUGUGAACCUUUUCAUUUUUUGUAUGCCUGAUACACCACUUCCUCAUAAGUUUUUCCUUGACAAAGUAUACUUGGCAUCCAUAGAAAGUUAGUCCUCUCAAUUAGCCAAAUAUAUUACCUGCAGAAGUGCUACAUUUGAAAUUAAUAUCCUACUAGCUGAUUUACAAACCUGAGUUUAUUUUGUUUUGAAAUUUACACUUGCAACACUGGAAAAUACGUUUCUAUUUUUUAAAGUGUGCUUUCUCAUUCACUCUUUCAGCAAUGGUUUCUGUAUUUUAAGUGCAAUCCACUAUGUAAAUAUAUAUACGUCACUUAAUUUGAGCAUGGUUAAUGUGUAUGGUGGAUAAAUACGUUGCCAAACA